CAGCGUGAAAUGGGAGUGAAUAUGAAAAGCGAGUCAAGUGUACAUGUACAUGUUCUAAUGGCUUCAUGCAGGAAGAGAUCAUUCCAUGUCAGUGUAAGCCCAUAAUGAAAGCAGUAGCACAAAUCAGCGGUCUUAACGGUGUAUAACUAUUAAAAUGAGAUGCAUAUAAUACGUACAUGUGUCUGUAAAAAAUAGAUGUACAAUUUAUCAUUUUGGUACUCGAACAAUUAAAUCUAUUCGAAGUGAUGAAACAUGAUGGCCCAAAUUCAAAAAGGUGGUAUUAAAUCUGGUUUUAAACCAUGGUUUCUGCAGAUUUUGUGUAUCUUGAGCAAGUAUACUGAGAAAAUGUCCAAUGAUGAAUGUGGACUUUCAUAAGUAAUGGCACUAAAUUCAUACCUGUAAUUGAGGUUACUAUACUAAUGAGCCUUAUGUAAAUUAAUUAACAUUAACAGUAUAGACUCAUCAAUUCAAAAUGGUCAGCCAAUGCAAGUACGUAGACUCACUGAUUUGGUGCUUGCGUAGCUUGUAUCAAUAUAAAAUAUAUGAUCAAAUGUAAAUGUUCAACUUUUGAUCAUCUUGGUCUUAUUCAAUCUGAUGUGACCUCUAACAGGGCAUUUCUUAUUCUCUCUGAAUACAGACAUUUACAGCAUGGUGCAACUCCCACUUGAGGAAGGCCAACGCCGAGAUCAAAGAGAUCUCAGAAGACUUUUGCAAUGGUCUCAAACUUCUGACCCUCCUUGAAGUGAUUUCAAGUGAAAAACUUCCGAAACCAGACCGCGGAAAGAUGCGCGUCCACAAGAUUGCAAACGUGAACAAGGCUCUUGACUACAUCAGUUCAAAAGGAGUGAAGCUUGUAUCCAUUGGUGCAGAAGAAAUUGUGGAUCAGAAUCUAAAGAUGAUCUUGGGUAUGAUCUGGACCAUCAUCCUACGAUUUGCUAUCCAGGACAUCUCAAUAGAAGAUACUACCGCCAGAGACGGCCUCUUACUAUGGUGUCAGCGUAAAACCGCGCCCUACAAGAACGUAGCCAUCAAGGACUUUCAUAUGAGCUGGAAGGAUGGCCUUGGGUUCUGUGCCCUGAUCCACAGGCAUCGCCCAGAUCUCCUGGACUACAGCAAACUAAAGAAGGAUGACCCCGCCCAUAAUUUGAAUCUUGCAUUCUCCGUGGCUGAGGAGCACCUGGACAUCCCCAGGAUGUUGGAUGUAGAAGACUUGGUAAACACUGCAAGGCCUGAUGAUAAGUCAAUCAUGACAUAUGUUUCUGCGUACUACCAUGCCUUCUCUGGCGCACAGAAGGCGGAGACUGCAGCUUCACGUAUCAACAAGGUCCUUAGUCUCAACAUGGAGAAUGAUCGUCUCAUGGAGGAGUACGAGAAGCUAGCAAGUGACUUGCUUGACUGGAUCAGGAGGAAAAAACCUUGGUUGGAGGAUAGAACUCUCUCAGAAAAUGCUCUCCCUGCAAUGCAGAAAAAGCUUAACGAGUUCCGCCAAUACCGCACCACAGAAAAGCCCCCCAAGACUGAAGACAAAGCCCGCCUAGAGACAAACUUCAACACACUUCAAACCAAACUUCAGCUCUCCAACCGACCACCAUAUAUUCCACAGGAUGGAAAACUGGUUUCGGACAUCGCCAAAGCAUGGAAGGGACUGGAAAUUUCAGAGAAAGGUUUCGAAGAUUGGCUCCUUGCUGAGAUGAGGAGAUUGGAGAGGCUGGAUCAUUUGCUCAAAAAGUUCAAAACCAAAUGUGACAUGCAUGAGGCCUGGGCUGCAGGCAAAGAGGACGUCCUUAAGGAAGACUUCUCAGGAUUAAGACUUAAUGAUUUGAAGGCUUUGGUAAGGAAACACGAAGCAUUUGAAAGUGACUUAGCAGCUCACCAGGAUCGAGUCGAGCAGAUUGCAGCCAUCGCUCAGGAAAUGAAUGAUUUGCAGUACCAUCCAAUUGAACCUAUCAAUGGGCGAUGUCAAGCUAUCUGUGACCAGUGGGAUUCUCUUGGCUCUCUUGCAAUGCAACGAUCAGACGCUCUCAAUAAAUUGGUUAGGUAUCUUGAGAUGAUUGAUUCCAAACAGCUUGAAUUUGCCAAGAGAGCAGCACCCUUCAACAACUGGAUGGACGGAGCAAGGGAAGAUCUAAUGGAUAUGUUCAUUGUCCAUACAGUCGAUGAAAUUAGGGAAUUGGUAGAUGCUCAUGACCUCUUCAAGAAGAAUCUUCCAGCAGCAGAGGAGGAGUUUAACGCUUUGUAUGCAUUGGAGAAUGAGAUCAACAAAAUGAUACAAUCCGGCUCAAAUGACAACCAAUACACAACCCUCACAAUGCAAAUUCUUGUUGAAAAGUGGAGAGAUCUAAGCGAUCUUGUGCCGAAGAGAGAUGAUGCUUUAUCAGACGAAAUGAGGAGACAAAUAUCCAAUGAACAGCUGCGAGUACAGUUUGCACACCUGGCCAACACAAUCGGGCCAUGGAUCGAGAAACAGAUGUCUGCGACCAUGAACAUCGUCAUCGGACAUAACGUGCCACUCGAGAGCCAACUUCAAAAGGUCCAAGACUACGACCAAACUGUGAUGCAAUAUAAGAGUAAUGUGGAUGAACUUGAGGCCUGUAACAAGUCUGUGCAAGAAGCCUUGAUCUUUGAGAACCCUCACACACAGUACACUAUGGAGACGAUACGUGUAGGAUGGGAGCAGCUACUUACUGCCAUUAAAAGGUACAUCAAUGAGAUUGAGAAUAACAUCCUUACCAGGGAUUCCAAGGGAAUCACAGAGGAACAACUUAAAGAAUUCAGGAUGUCCUUCAAUCACUUUGAUAAGAACCACUCGCAACGCUUAGAACCACAGGAAUUCCGUUCAUGCCUUGUGAGUUUAGGCUACGACCUGACUGAUGACAAGAAGAGUGACAUCGAGUUCCAGCGUAUCAUGGCAUUGGUAGAUCCUAAUGCCACUGGCAAAGUAACCUUCCAAUCCUACCUAGACUUCAUUACUAGGGAAAUGAGUGAUGCAGACACAGUAGAGCAGGUUCGCGAGUCAUUCAAGGUCUUGGCUAACGGCAAGCCUUUUAUUCUUCCUGAUGAACUCCGCAUGGAACUUCCUCCUGAGCAAGCCGAGUACUGCAUUCAACGUAUGAGACCAUUUGUAGGUACUGGGGCCGCACCAGGGGCCUUGGACUAUAUGUCCUUCUCAUCGGCUCUCUACGGCCAGAGUGAACUUUAAACAUCAACACCACACCCCAUCCACCAUAGAAUUUUAUCUAGUGAUUUUGAGAUUUAUGUAAGAACAGAUUAGAAAAAAUAUAUAUAUUUCAUCUACCAACAAAAAAAAACGCAAAAUUUCAUCAUGGAAUAUUUGAUGUGAAUGGCAACAGUUUUGUUAUGAGCGAGGAAAGUAGAUAUUUAUUUUAUUGUCUUUUUUUCCCAUCCUUUGUUAUUAGUCCCAUGCUGUAUGUUCACAUGUAAUCUUUUUUUACAUUUAUGAUUUUAUGUUUUUCUAGAUCUUGGAAUUUAUACAUGGUCCCCUUUGGAACCAAUAAGCCCUUGUCCGUUGUCAAAAUGCAAAGCAAUUGAUGCUGGCCACCAUUUUAUUAUUAGUUCUUGGUACUUUUCUGUCUAUCUCUCUCGUGUUCUCUCUCAUUUUCAGCUUGUGGGUUGUUUUUGCCGUGCAUUUUUUCUUUGGUUUCCCAGGAAAAAGCCUGUCGUCUGUGAGGAUUUAUGCUGAAUGCAAAUUCAGCUAUUUCUUUCCAGAUUGAACAAAGGAAAGUGAGAUAAAGCAUGUGUGAUGAUUCCAAGAAUCAUUCAAAAUUAGUAUUUCCUUUAGCUAAAUAGUCAUGUUUUUAUUCUAGUUCAUUUCGUAUGUCCUGUGUACUGUUGAGUAAAAAUGUAGAGGCUCUUACUGCCUCAGUGUCGAGGCAUAGUAUUGUAAAUUACAAAUAAUGUACAAUUACAAUUUAUUUAAUUCAAUUUAUUACAAUUAGUUUGGAAGAGACACGUAAAAUCAAAAUGGUGUUCAUGAACAUUGAUAUGAUAAGUUUUUGGAUGGAAUGAUAUUUGUACUGUUGAUAAAGUGCUGGUGAUUAAGGUAAAUAUCGGUACAUUAAAGAGCAAACACCAACCAAUUCUGUGCCUUGUGAUAUUGUUAGGUACACUGUGACUCUAAGUAAUAUUUUCAUAAUUAUUGUAAGGGUAAGAAGAUAUGGUUGAUGUUUGUUUAUGUAACAUACAGUUUACCUUUGUUGUAGAAAGCAAUAAUUUAUGAAGUGAUUAAAGGUCUGUUUUCUUUAUGCAAAAGAAAUCCAAUUAAUUUUCACUAUUAUAGAGCAAUAGUGCUUGAAUACAAAUUUUUUAUAACUUUUACUUUCUUAAUUAUGCUAUAAUUUCUUCUGUUUUUAUAUGCGUUAAAACUUGUCAAGCAUUGUGCAUUUUUCAAAUAUAAGUCCUGCACACUUUCACCUAUUGGUUUCAUUAAUGACAUGGGUCAUGUUUAUAACCAUUAGUUGAGUUCUCAGAAUAUAUUCUUCAUGAUAUACCAAGUUUUAGUUUGAUAACUGUCCUAGGCUUGUAUUCUUACCAAGCCUGUGUCAUUUAUAACCUUAUAGUAUACAUUGGUUCUUAUCAUUAAUAUUGUUAUGUAUAUUUUCAUAUUUUCUUAUGACAUGGAGAAAAAGUUAUGUACAAAACAUGUAUCUAAUCAAUUCAAGGUUGCCUUUGCAAUCAGAUCAUCCAGCCUUUUAGUCAAAGAAAAUGCUAAGAUCCGGUUCUUUGCAACUUGAAACCUGUUUUCUUUCAAAUGUUAUUAUUUGAACCCGAGUCAUUUUUUAUGGUGUGGGAGAUGUCUUUAAUAUGCAGACCUUUAAUUGUAUAGUCAGAUAUUGGUAUACAUGUAUUAACAGAGAAAAUUAAUAAUGUCUAUUUGUAUUUAAUGCUUCCAAGUCUUUAACAUCAAAUUUGUGAAUGUCUUUGCUUUUUUUCAGACUUUAUUUUGAUUGUGGGUAUAUAUAUGUAUGGUUUGAACAUUGUGGAAUAUGUGGAAGAUUGUAAUCGCUACAGUAAUUAUUGUGAUACUCUGUUUGUAGUACUUGUGUUGUCAUUUGAUUUCAAAACACGCCUCUAAAUGUUAAUAACUACAAAAUAGUGUGGAUUAUACCACCCCUCUCCAUUUCUUUGUUAACUUUUGAAGAUUUUUCUUUUCUUUUUGCCCGAUGCUUUCAUGAUUUUGAGAAGCCCCAAAUGAAGCACAUGCUUUUCAAGAAUGGGCAUGAUUAUCUUUAUUACAAAGAUAUGGGGAAUUUAUAGUCAUUUUGAGUUCUAAUUAUGUUGAAAUAAUUUCAUAAAAAGCUGGAAUGUGAGGAACUCACUAUUCAUCAGCAUAACCACCUAAAUUAGAGGUAUAGGUAGUCUAUGUAUGUAUUUGUGUGUGUGUUUGUUUGUAAUUUUUUAAUCAAAAUACAUGUAAACAUUGAAUUGUUUCAAGAUUGUGAGUCAUUAUCUCUGAAAAUUUAUCAAAGUUAACCAUCCACUGUCCUAAAAUUUCAGAGAAACUAAUGAUCAAUAUUUUUCCCCUCAAAAUCUCUCUAUUCAUUUUGUAUCAUUAGAUAGAUAACUUUGUUUCCUAUCCACCUGUUUGUGUGUACAUAAUAAUACAAAUCAUUAUUCAUGUAACAGAGUUGAUGUAUUUUUAGGGGUAAGCGGUAAUCACCCACAUAAUGCACUAAUCCACUAUCCAAGUACUUUGCAAAGGUGGAGGUUAUUACUUUGGUUUAUAAUGGAAUUAUGAGAGAUAAAUUGUCGCUUUUAUAUAUUGUUUGCAUUUGUACAUGUAUGUUAGUGUGGAGACAAAUUUUAGAAGCAUAGAUGCUUAUAAUGUUGGUAGCUAAACAUUUUUCUUUUGCAUUUUUUUUCUGCAAAUGAUUGAUCGAAAUCUACACCGAAUGCUAGAAAUUUAUGAGAAUUAUUUAAAUUAUAUUUUUGUGUUGGAUUCAUAAAUAUAAUGAAAUUAAGUACCCACAAUGGGUACAAUCACUCCUCAAUUAAAUUGUCAUGUUUAUGUAAAAGAAUGAAUGAAAAAUAUAUGUACUUCAAAAUAGUACAAUGUCUCCAUAGUUAGCUUUUUUGUAUGUUAAACUAAGAUAACUAUCAGAUGAAUUAGCCUCGAACCACGUCUGUGGACCAUUCUAUGAAACAUAUCUACCUAAAGACAAGCAAGAUAACUUUUUUUUUUAAAGUUGCAAACAUUGACAUAUUGGUGCAUAGCUGUAUUAAGUGCUAUACGGGACAUUCAAGAGAGAGAUUGGCUUCAUAGAGAAUUGCCUUGAUCUGUAACCCAAUGGUUUGUAAUGAUAUCAAUGACUCUUAUGGGGAAAAUGGAUCUAUGGGUGUCUCUUUUGUGGACAAGCCUCUUAGCCUAUGCAAUUUGGGAACAAUAAAACAUCUUGCAGUCCCCCUCA